AUGUGUUUAAUGAAUAUUUACGUGCAUUUGUCGAUUUCGAUUCCACUGUUUUCAUGUAUGUAUUUGCUUUGGCCUGAACUCCUUACCUUGCAAAGCCCUACUAAUAGCUCGACCUUGUUUUCUAAGAAAUGUCCACCGUCUUCUUGGUUCUGCCAAUUUUCGCUCAGGCGUGAUUUCGCAUUUGCCUGGUUUCUUCUAUUUGAGUACAUUAUUUUUUUUUGGCCUAUAGUCUCUCCCUCUCUCACUCUCUCUCCUUGUAGAGACGGACGUCGCAACAAAGGAACCGUUCUACGACUGUCUGUGGCCUAUAUCAUGGAUCUAAGAAACGAUCUCGUACAGACCACUGCUAUACGACAGGAGGCUAAUCUGGCUCGUACGCUCAUCCCUCAGCUCUCAUCUUAUAUUCAGAAUUUGGAAAAUGCAUUGAAAGAGGCCGAAAUAUCAUCAGGAAAACCUCUGGGAUCCAUAACAGGUGUCCUUGAUGAUGGUUUAGCAAACUAUCAGAGCCUGUUAGAGAACUGGGAGGUGUUGGCUCGUGCCAACGCAGCCCGACCCACAAAUGGUGAGAGUACUCCACAGGGCAAAAUGGAAUCUGAGAUGGCAAGUCCAUUAGAGAAUAUGCAAAUGGCGUUCUCUGCCGGUCGGCCGCCUACCACCGCUUCGACCACUACUAACAAUUCGUCUCUCAGCUCAUACCAUCCCAAUGCUGUUUUCGUUGGGGGUCCCAUCUGCAAGCAAGAAGAGAAUGAUGAGAUGUGCUAUGGUGGUAGUCACGUUCCCGACGAUACAACAGACGGAUUUUUCGAUUCGACCAACACCAAUAACAAUAACCAAAACAAUGGCAGUACAACAAACAGCGUAGCAAAAUUUGAUCUCUCCCUCAUGCAACAGAUGACCCCUUCGGGCCAAGUGGAUUGUGGUGGCCACGAGAAUCCCAUGCAAGUGGAAUGUCAGAAUCAGUAG